AUGCAAAAGGAAUUUCAAGAAAAGAUUUUGAAGGUGAAACAAGAAUGGAAGGCCAAGAUGGAGCAGUCACAAAAAUCCGCCGUUAAUCGCAUAAUGCGAAACCAAUCCAACAUGGUGAAUGAUAUCGUGGCCAAAUUAUCUGGAAUGACCAGCAUGGAAGGAAAAGAACAAAAUACCGCAGUAGCCGAGACUUCUGAAUAUGCACCAGUACAGUCUGGUCCUAGAUUAGUUAUUUCAUCUGAAAAGCUCACUAGACAUCCAACAGGUUCCUCUAUUACUAAAAUUCAAAUGGCUGUCACAAACCCUCAGAACAACCUGAACGAAUACAAUGUACCAGAUCUUAAUGAGAUCGAGAAAAUGAAGAAUCAAGUGCCUGGACAUCUAAAAGAUUGGUGCAAAGAUUUCUUUAAGAAGAUGGGUGGGCAAGACUCCCAGGAAGGGAUAGACGCGGUAGAGCUAAGUUUGGUACCCGACUUGGUUUUACCACCUAAGUUUAAGAUGCAUGAGUUCGAGAAGUAUGAAGGAAAGACAUGUCCCAGUGCACAUCUAACAAUGUUCUGUAGAAAGAUGACCGGCUUCGUUAGAGACGAUAGUCUCCUGAUAUAUUACUUUCAAGCAAGUCUGACAGAAUCUGCCGCAAGAUGGUACAACCAAUUGACCCAGGCUAAAAUAAGAUCUUGGAAAGAUCUAGCCAAUGCCUUCAAAGAGCAAUAUCAAUAUGUCACCGACAUGAUGCCAUAUAGGGUUACUCUUGAAAAUAUGGAGAUGAAAAACAACGAGAGCUUCCGCCAAUAUGUGCAACACUGGAGGGAUAUUGCUGCCCAGGUCCACCCCCUAUUGGUUAAAAGAGAGUUCAUAACCAUGUUCAUUCAUACACUAAAAUCCCCUUAUAUUGAUCAUAUGUUGGGGGUAGCCACGAAAUGUUUCUCGGACAUAGUUAUGUGUGGGGAAAUGAUUGAGAGGGCAUUGAAGAAAGGCCAAAUUAUUGGUGGCCAAAACUCAUUAAAGAAACCCUUUGUAAAGAAGAAUGAAGGAGAAGUAAACAAUGUGAACUUCUCAAUAAAUAAACCGAAAGCUGGAAAUUUUACAACCAAGCGUGAAAACAAUAAUGAAAUAAUAACUUUCACACCUAUCCCGAUGACAUACAAUGAACUUUUCCAAGGGUUAGUCAAGUCACAUGUGGUGUCACCAAGAUAUGUGGAUCCGUUGGAACCGCCUUUCCCUAAGUGGUAUAACGAGAAUGAAGCAUGUGAAUAUCACACCAAUACCCAGGGACACACAAUCGAGAAAUACAUUGCUUUCAAAAUGUUGGUCGAAGAUUUGAUCAGGAGAAAGAUAGUGUCUUUUCAUGACUCAGAGGCACCAUGUGUUGCCGCAAACCCACUCUCAAAUCACCAAAAUCAGGGAGUUAAUGCUAUCAAUGAAGGUCGUAAGGUCAAAGAAAACAUUGAAGAAGUAAAGACACUGUUAAAAUGGGUGUAUGAACAGAUGAUCAUGAGAUGA